CGGCGGUGGCGGUGGUGUCGGCGGCCGCCCCCGGCCCCUCCGCCCCGCCGCCGCCCUCGCACCAUGCGCAGCGCCCGGGCGCUGCUGCUCGCCCUCGCUUUGCGGGUUUGCGCGUUGGACACCGAAACGCCCUCCGCGGGCUGCACCUUCGAGGAGGACGACGAUCUGAACCAGUGUGAGUACAGCCAGGGUGAGGAUGAUGACUUCGGGUGGGAGUUGGUCCGCAGCUACAUGAUGCCACAUCUGACGGCCGACCUGCCCCACGGCUCCUACCUGAUGGUGAACGCCUCUCAGCACGCCGCAGGUCAGCGGGCUCACCUGCUCUUCCAGGCUCUGAGCGAGAACGACACGCACUGCCUGCAGUUCAGCUACUUCAUGUACAGCCGUGAUGGCCACAGCCCUGGCACCCUCAAUGCCUACGUGCGGGUGAUGGGGGGCCCGGUGGGCAGCGCGGUCUGGAAUGCCUCAGGCUCCCACGGCCGCCAGUGGCACCAGGCUGAGCUGGCUGUCAGCUUGUUCUGGCCCAGCGAGUACCAGGUCCUCUUCGAGGCGGUGAUCUCCAGCGAGCGCCGGGGCUACCUUGGCUUGGAUGACAUCUUGCUCUUGAAUUAUCCGUGCUCAAAAGCCCCUCACUUCUCCCGCCUGGGUGACGUGGAGGUGAACGCGGGGCAAAAUGCCACCUUCCAGUGUGUGGCUGCUGGCAAGGCUGCAGAGGCAGAGCGCUUCCUCAUGCAGAGGCAGAGCGGCGAAGUGGUCCCUGCUGCCUCCGUGAAGCACAUCAGCCACCGGCGCUUCCUGGCCACCUUCCAGCUGGACGAGGUGUCCAAGGGCGAGCAGGACCUGUAUCGUUGUGUCACCCAGUCCAGCCGUGGCUCUGGGGUUUCCAAUUUUGCUGAGCUCAUUGUGAAAGAGCCCCCAACACCCAUCGCACCCCCCCAGUUGCUGCGGGCUGGAUCCACCUACCUCAUCAUCCAGCUCAACACCAACUCCAUCAUCGGCGACGGCCCCAUCGUACGCAAGGAGAUAGAAUACCGCAUGACCUCGGGGCCGUGGUCAGAGGUGCACGCUGUCAACAUGCAGACCUACAAACUCUGGCACCUGGAUCCUGACACAGAGUAUGAGAUCAGUGUCCUGCUGACACGUCCUGGUGAAGGGGGCACGGGGAAACCGGGACCCCCCCUCAUCAGCCGUACCAAGUGUGCAGAGCCCAUGCGGGCCCCCAAAGGCCUGGCUUUCUCCGAGAUCCAAUCCAGGCAGCUGACAUUACAAUGGGAACCUCUGGGCUACAACCUGACCCGUUGCCACACCUACAGCGUCUCGCUGUGCUAUCGCUACCUGGUGGGCACUGGCCUCAACCAAACCUUCCGUGAGUGUGCCAAGAUGGAGCGCAACGCCAACCGCUACACCAUCAAAAACCUGCUGCCCUACAGGAACAUCCACGUCAAGCUCAUCCUCUCCAACCCCGAGGGCCGUAAGGAGGGCAAGGAGGUGACGUUCCAGACGGAUGAGGACGUGCCUGGUGGCAUCGCCUCUGAGUCACUCACCUUCACCCCUCUGGAGGACAUGAUCUUUCUGAAGUGGGAGGAACCGGUGGAGCCCAAUGGCCUCAUCACGCAGUACGAGAUCAGCUACCAGAGCAUUGAGUCCUCAGACCCAGCAGUCAAUGUGCCCGGCCCGCGACGCACCGUCUCCAAGCUGCGCAAUGAGACUUACCACGUCUUCUCCAACCUGCACCCUGGCACCACCUACCUCUUCUCAGUGCGUGCCCGCACAGGCAAGGGCUUUGGCCAGACAGCACUCACUGAGAUCACCACCAACAUAUCUGCUCCUACCUUCGACUAUGGGGAUAUGCCAUCACCACUGGGCGAGUCAGAGAGCACAAUCACGGUGCUGCUGCGGCCAGCACAGGGCCGGGGGGCUCCCAUCAGUACCUACCAGGUCAUUGUGGAAGAAGACCGACCCAAGAGGAUCAAGCGGGAGCUGGGUGGGCAGGAGUGCUUCCCGGUGCCACUGACGUUUGAUGAUGCCAUGUCUCGUGGCUCCGUGCACUAUUUUGGGGCUGAGCUGCCUGCCAGCAGCCUCACUGAAGCCAAGCCGUUCACUGUAGGGGACAACCAGACCUACAGUGGCUACUGGAACCCACCACUGGAGCCUAAGAAGGCCUAUCUCAUCUACUUCCAGGCCAUGAGCAACCUCAGAGGGGAAACCCGGCUCAAUUGUAUCCGCAUCGCCCGCAAAGCUGCCUGCAAAGAGAGCAAACGGCCUCUGGAGGUAUCUCAGCACUCAGAGGAGAUGGGGCUGAUCCUGGGAAUCUGUGCUGGUGGGCUCGUCGUCCUCAUUAUCCUGCUGGGAGCCAUCAUUGUUGUCAUUCGGAAAGGCAAACCUGUCAACAUGACGAAAGCAACAAUUAAUUACCGCCAUGAGAAGACACACAUGAUGAGUGCCAUCGACAGGAGCUUCACAGACCAGAGCACGCUGCAAGAGGACGAGAGGCUGGGGCUGUCCUUCAUGGACACCCACAACUACAGCAACCGUGGUGACCAGCGCAGCAGUGUGGUCAAUGAGUCCAGCAGCCUGCUGGGGGGUUCUCCUCGUCGCCAGUGUGGCCGCAAAGGGUCCCCAUAUCACACUGGGCAGCUGCACCCUGCUGUGCGUGUGGCCGACCUCCUCCAACACAUCAACCAGAUGAAGACAGCAGAAGGUUAUGGCUUCAAGCAGGAGUACGAGAGCUUCUUUGAAGGCUGGGAUGCUUCAAAGAAGAAAGACAAGACCAAAGGGAGACAGGAUCACGUGUCGACGUAUGACCGCCACCGUGUGAAGCUCCAUCCACUGCUGGGUGAUCCCAACUCGGAUUACAUCAACGCCAACUACAUUGAUAUUCGGAUUAACCGAGAAGGUUACCACAGGUCCAACCACUUCAUCGCCACCCAAGGUCCCAAGCAGGAGAUGGUCUACGACUUCUGGCGCAUGGUGUGGCAGGAGCACUGUUCCAGCAUCGUGAUGAUAACCAAGCUGGUGGAAGUGGGUCGGGUGAAAUGUUCCAAAUAUUGGCCGGAUGACUCGGAGAUGUAUGGGGACAUCAAGAUCACCUUGGUGAAGUCAGAGAUGCUGGCAGAGUACGCCGUGCGGACCUUUGCUCUCGAGAGGCGAGGUUACUCAGCCCGGCACGAGGUGAAGCAGUUCCACUUCACAUCCUGGCCUGAGCACGGUGUCCCCUAUCAUGCCACGGGGCUGCUGGCCUUCAUCCGCCGUGUGAAGGCAUCCACACCACCCGAUGCUGGCCCCAUCGUCAUCCACUGCAGUGCUGGCACAGGGAGAACUGGCUGCUACAUCGUUCUGGAUGUCAUGUUGGACAUGGCUGAGUGUGAGGGUGUUGUGGACAUCUACAACUGUGUGAAGACACUGUGCUCACGGAGGAUCAACAUGAUACAGACAGAGGAGCAGUACGUCUUUAUCCACGAUGCCAUCCUGGAAGCUUGCCUGUGUGGUGAAACCAGCAUCCCUGCCAGCGAGUUCAAGCCCACCUACAAGGAGAUGGUGAGGAUUGAGCCACAGAGCAACUCCUCACAGCUGCGGGAGGAGUUCCAGACCUUGAACUCGGUGACUCCCCACUUGGAUGUGGAAGAGUGCAGCAUCGCCCUCCUGCCCCGCAACCGGGACAGGAACCGCAGCAUGGAUGUCCUGCCUCCGGACCGAUGCCUUCCCUUCCUCAUCUCUGUGGAUGGAGACAGCAACAACUACAUCAACGCGGCCUUAACUGAUAGCUACACUAAGAGUGCUGCCUUCAUUGUCACCCUGCACCCCCUGCAGAACACCACCACUGACUUCUGGAGGUUGGUGUACGACUAUGGCUGCACUUCCAUCGUUAUGCUCAACCAGCUGAACCAGUCCAACUCUGCCUGGCCCUGCCUUCAGUACUGGCCUGAGCCUGGGCUGCAGCACUAUGGCCCCAUGGAGGUGGAGUACGUGUCAGGAGCAGCAGAUGAGGACAUCGUGUCCCGUCUCUUCCGAGUGCAGAACAUCACCCGGCUGCAGGAGGGGCACCUGAUGGUCCGGCACUUCCAGUACCUGCGAUGGUCGGCGUACCGGGACACCCCAGACUCCAAGAAGUCCUUCCUGCACCUCCUGGCCCAAGUGGAAAGGUGGCAGAAGGAGAGCGGUGAUGGCAGGACUGUGGUGCACUGCCUGAAUGGGGGUGGUCGGAGUGGCACCUACUGUGCCUCCACCAUGAUCCUGGAGAUGAUCAAGUGUCACAACAUGGCAGAUAUCUUCUAUGCUGCGAAGACCCUCCGCAACUACAAGCCAAAUAUGGUGGAGACCUUGGAGCAGUAUCACUUCUGCUACGACAUAGCACUGGAAUACUUGGAGUCCCUGGAGACCAGAUAGCACCUCGCCAGGAGGGCAAAGGCAG